GCCGUUGAAGUGGAACAUGGGUGGAUUAGCUCAGUCAGCUGUCUCAGCCAUGAGCAGGUUCACGUUCUCACACAGUCGGGCUGCAGAACCCUGAUCUCAGGAGCUGCAGUUUUAUUUUUGUAUUUUUUUACAUCUGUUGUGCGUUCCUGAUCGGGGCUUGUGUUGUGGAUGGGUUCUCAGUGGUGCUUGAGGAAGUUCACUCUGCUGCACUCGUCUUCGUUCUCCAGCCAGCUUCACUCCAUCCACAAACAUGUCCGGCUCCUACGACGAAUCCGCCGCUGCUGAUGAGGCCAUGGACAGUUUUUGGGAGGUGGGGAACUACAAGCGUGCCGUAAAGAGAAUUGACGACGGACAUCGACUCUGCAAUGAUCUCAUGAACUGCCUUCAGGAACGUGCCAAGAUUGAGAAGGCCUACAGUCAGCAGCUCACUGAGUGGUCCAAGAGAUGGAGACAGCUGAUUGAGAAAGGGCCUCAGUACGGUUCUGUGGAACGAGCCUGGCUGGCUGUGAUGACGGAGGCGGAUAAAGUGAGUGAGCUCCAUCAGGAGGUGAAGAACGGCCUGCUGAACGAGGACGUAGAGAAGGUGAAGAACUGGCAGAAAGAUUCCUACCAUAAACAAAUGAUGGGAGGCUUCAAGGAGACCAAAGAGGCAGAAGAAGGUUUCAAGAAAGCCCAGAAACCAUGGGCCAAGAAACUCAAAGAGAUGGAAACAGCUAAGAAGACAUACCACAUGGCCUGUAAGGAGGAGAAACUGGCAGCGUCCCGCGAGGCCAACAGCAAGGCCGAGGCGUCCGUCACUCCGGACCAGCAGAAGAAACUGCACGAGAAAACGGAGAAGUGCAAACAGGACGUGCAGAAGGCGAAGGAGAAGUAUGAGAAGUCUCUGGAUGAGUUGGGGAAAUGUCAGCCGCAGUACAUCGAGAGCAUGGAGCAGGUGUUUGAUCAGUGUCAGCAGCACGAGGUGAAGAGACUCAACUUCCUCAAAGAGGUUCUACUGGAUAUCAAACGCCACCUCAACCUCACCGAGAACCAAAGCUACGCGACGGUUUACCGUGAGCUGGAACGCAGCAUCCUCGCCGUCAACUCGCAGGAGGAUCUGAAGUGGUUCAGCAACAACCACGGCCCCGGCAUGCACAUGAACUGGCCCCAGUUUGAGGAGUACAAUCCGGACGCCACCAACGCCGUGGCCAAGCGCGAGAAGAAGAAGCCGGACGGAGCUGCUCCUGCCACGCCCAGUACAGAGCACGGAGGACAGCCGGGAGACCGCGGCAGCGUGAGCAGCUACGAUAAGAACCAGGCGUACUCUACGGAAUGGUCCGAUGAUGAACAGCCGGCUGGUUAUUCAGGAAACGAGACUAACGGGGGCGGGAACUCGUUCGAGGACGACUCUGGCAGAGGAGGAGUGAGAGUGCGAGCGCUGUACGAUUACGAAGGACAGGAACAAGACGAGCUCAGCUUCAAAGCAGGAGACGAACUGACGAAGAUCGAGGAGGAGGAUGAUCAGGGCUGGUGUAGGGGACGUCUGGAUAACGGACGGACGGGGUUGUACCCCGCCAACUACGUGGAGGAAAUCUAAUGAUGGAGGAAGACAUAACGCUGCGUUAUAACGGCCCAGUGCAGAGCCAGAGACUUCAGAGCGACACACACACACACACACUUCCCCAAAAAAAUGCGCUAAGCAGUCUCGUCUAAAAACAAACAAAAUAACGUCUUAGUAAAGCUUAUAAACAUUUAUUCACACAGUAUAUAAGCCUGCGGUGUGUGAGGGAGGGAAGAGCGUAUACGUUAUAUCCAGAAGCAUUUACUGCUAUAAUGUAUAUCAAUAUCACACACACACACACACACACACACACACACACACACACACUCACAAAACCAUAUGCAAGUUCAGGGAAACAUAUUGAAGUGUGUUUGAUAUGAAAACUGUGCGGUUCGCUGCUUCAUGUCCAUAAAAUCAAUACAUUUUGAGGAAAAUCUUUAUGUAGCAACGUCACCGUGUGUGUGUGUGUGUGUUUGUGUGUGUGUGUCAUAUGUACAUGUCCAUGUUCUUGCAGUCAUGUUGAGAAAACAGGAAUAAACACACACACACACACACACACAUACACACACACACACACACACAGCAUGUACAGGCCUUUAUUCCUGUUUUCUGCCAAACACACAGCCAAGCAUACAACAAGAUCCUCCACUCAUGACAUCAUCAUCAUCAUCAUCAUUAUUAUUAUAAUUAUUAUUAUUAUUAUUGUUGUUGUUGUUCUUGGGUGCAGUUCUCCGAGUGGCCACAGGCUGACGGGGGCAGUGUUGAGACAGUCAGCUCUCAGUCAUCAGACCCAGGAAGUGGAGAAACCUGAGACGUGAAAUGAUCUGUCGUUCGCUCCUGUUCGUUUUUCUGCAAUCACGUUAUCGCUUUAUCACCAUCGGGAUCUCGUUGUUGUGGUUUCAUAGACGGUUUAUUUACUCAGCGUUCUCUCGCAGGACUGUGAGGGAAUUUGCAUCUAAAAGCCAGAGUUUAAUGUGUUGCAUCAAUUCAGUUCACACCUUAUCUUAUUUUUCUCGUAAUGACAUGAACGUUUCACGUACAGUUACCCAUGUGCAUCAUCCAUCAUCCAUCAUCCAUCACGCAGCUACUACAAUAUAUUUAUUCUUCCUGUAAAGCCCUGCUGCUUAAUGCGGAAUAUCGGAGUCAGAUGCGUUUAUAACACUAAUGUGAACAGCUACGCUAAAACAGCUGAAGUUUUAUAUCAGAGAGGAUUAUAUCAGAAGAUCAGCGCGUGAAAUAUAGAAAUAUAACUGCAACGUGAUAAGAGGAGAAAUAUGCUGCGUUCAUGACUGAGAAGUGGAACCUGGGAGAUACGAUAAGAUACGAUGAGAUAAAGACUUUUAGAAUUGUCUUACUCAAGACAUUACAAAUAAUAACAGUAAAAGAUAUAGAUUUAUACAGAUUUAAACCUGUAAUAUGUAGUAAAAAUCUAAAUAUUCUUAUAACUUAUAAAUGUGCAAAAAUAUUACUGAAUCAGCUGUAAAGCAGCAAAUAACAAAAACCUUAUAAUUAAAUAAACUUCCACAAUUCUUCAAGAAAAAUGAUCACGUUUCUCAAAAGCUCCAGAUUUUUGUCCGAGAUUAAAAUCCAAAUAGUGUUUUUUUAUUUCUGAUGCGUUAGAUAUGCUUUAGAUCAAUAAUAAUAAUAAAAAAAGACAAGAACAGGUGCUGCUUCAUAAAACAUUUCUAAAACAUUUGUAAAAUGCUUAUUAAUGUGUUAUGAAUGAAGAGUCAGAGUAGUUAUAUCUUCAUAUAUAUAUUUAUAGAUGAAAAAAAGAAUAGAUUAAUUAAACAAAGUCAAAUUUUGGCCAACAUUUUUUAAAAUUAAAUGUUUACAUGUUUGUUUUUCAAAGCUAUUAAUAAAUUAGUGAAUUACAGAAGACUACGUCUUACACCUGAUGUUAAUUAAAACAACAACGACUAACCUUAACCCAGGUCUUCUUGAGUCUUUUUAGAAACUGAGAGAUUUUUAACUCCCAUUUAAACAGCUGAAGUCGUGCGAACACUCGGAACAUUCUGGAAAAACAUCCAGAAUUCCCAGUCAUCAUGAACACAGCGAUAACAUACCCAGUUUCAGGAAAAAAUACUAAGUGAAGAGUGUGAGUAUGUGUAAGAAUAAAUAUGAUAAAAUUUAAAUAAAUAAAUAAAUGAAUAAAUAAAUAAAUAAAUUUUAAAAACAAAAAAAGUAAAUCCUGAAAAGUAAUUAUAGAUAAAGAGGAACACCAGCUUUUACACGGUUUGUAUUAAUAUAAACUGUCCAGCCUGACAAAAAUGACUCUUAAUGUACACACACACACACACACACACACACACACACAUGUUGAUGUGUUGGGGAAAAUGUGUUUAAAGGAGAACAUCUUUAUUAUAUCCAGUGUAUGAAUUGUGUUAAUAUGUAGACAAAAAGUGAAGAAAAAAAAUGCAAGUGUUUGAAACACACCAGAACAAUAUUGUAGUCGUCAUAUACGUGUAAAACGUUAAAACAGCAAAAAUAACAAAGAUUUAAGAAAAAAAAAAUCCUUAAGAAGGUUACGCUACACUAUAGCAACCAUCAUUGUGUUAAUUUUCAUUUGGACUGCGAUGGAAACGUCUCUGUACCAUACUCCUGUAUAAACGCGUCCUAUUUGUAUAUGAUGAUGUAAUUUAAAGAUGAUAUUCUCGCCUGUUCACUGUACGAAUGUGUGGCGUAGAGACGAAACCUAAACGAAACGGUGUCAAAAUGUCUAUUUUUUUGUUUGUAAUGUUGAUUUGCUCUUCAUGCGGACGAAGCGAGACGGCGCUUGGUGCAGUCUACAGGACGGAUGUGAUGCUCAUGAUGAUAAUUAGUGCUGUAUUUUGAUUCUCCUCACUGGUGUAGUGCCUGUUCAUGUUAAUAUGCCAUGAAGUUCAUUUAAAUAUGCAUCAAGAUGAAACGUGUGAAACGUGUAAACGGAGAUGAGAAUGAAGAUGAGGAUGAAGAUGAGGGUGAAGAUGAGGAUGAAGGUGAAUUAGCACUGAAAAACCUGAUGGAAGUCGUUGUGCUGAUGUCGAUAUUGCAAUAUUAGUUUGAAUGGAAAAAAAAUAAGCUUGAGAAAACAAACAGUGUGCUCUCGUUUAUUCUCAUUUAUUCUCGUUUAUUCUCAUUUAUUCUCAUUUAUUCUCGUUUAUUCAGAUUAGCUAAUUCCAUAUUUUCAGUAAUAAGGUGGAUUUGGUAAAGAGCUGAACAUUUGAGAAUCAGAUUCUCAUUAAAGCGUACAGUUGCUAUUUGGCUGCAAUCCCAUGAUGCAUUGCAACCAAUUUCUACAGAAGUUCAUAGUGCUUUAUUAUUAUUAUUAUUAUUAUUAUUAUUAUUAUUAUUAUUAUUAUUGUUAUUGUUAUUUCAGAAAAAAAAGUGGAGAACAAAAGAAAAGAGAAAUUACUUAUUAUCAGAUUAUUGAGAUAUAUAACAUAAAUAUAAAUAGAAAAAAGAUUAUUAAACAUAUUUCCAGA